AUGGAGUCGCGGGCGCACGCGAAGCGGUUGCUGAGGCUCGUGCUCGCCCCCGUGAGGAUGGAGGUAUCCGUGCUUGCCCCUCGGAAUUUUCAGGAGGGAAGGAAACAUACAGACACAAGUAAUCGUCGAUCCCCCGGAAAAUAUAUGAAAAUAUUGGAAGUUGGGGGAGAAACAACAACCCACAAAAUAUGGGACACGAUGGGGAAUCCUAUUAUUUGCGUCUAUUUAUUUGUGUCCCAGGGCCCCUUCAGCUUUUCCAGGUGGUGGUGGUUUUGUUACGGCUUGUGGGAGCGCUGGAGGUUUUGA